AUGUUAAUAUAUGCAUUCCAUCGAUACCAUAGGCCACCAAAAGUGAUAGCAAAGAAAUAUAUUAGUCCUGAAUGUGCGUGUGUUGAUGAUGACGGUCAAGAGUAUGACUUUUGUUAUGCACUUCCGGAAACAGGAGCAUUGGGCAAACGAUUUAAUUGUUCUUAUUUAACGCAGUUAAAGGAAUUAGGACUAGUGCCUGAAAGUAAAACUAUUGAUUUGGCGUCGGAAGAAAUGCCUGAUCCUGUAUUUGUUACUGCAUUUUCCGAUAAUCAUUGGGAUGAAGCAAAACGGAUGCAGAUGUCGCUGGUCCGAUUAUACUGGCCUAAGCAGCGAAUUAUCAUCUACAGCCUCGGAAUUUCUGAAUACACCCAAGAUUACAUCCGGAAGCAGUGUAAUGUGGAAUUGAGAGAAUUCAAAUUCAAAAAAUAUCCAAAAUAUGUCUCCCAACUUUUCGAGUAUCGAUGGAAACCGAUUAUAAUUGCGGAAACCCUCAACGAAUUCGGUGCUAUUUGGUAUAUGGAUAGUUCGAUAACAUUUAAGAAAGCUGAUUUGUCACAUGUUUAUCAGUUAGUGACGUGUCGAAGAAACCAAAAUCCGGUGCAACCACUGCCGUCAAUAGCACAACGGGAUAUUCGAGAAAACACAACCGCCCAUGAGUCCGGUUGGGAUCAAAAGCAAUGGCAAGAAAAUGUGAAAGAUUGUCGAAAAGCUGCCUAUUUAUUCCACGGCUAUACGGGUCACGGCAUUUAUCCGGCAACUUCUCAGCAUGUCUAUCAAUAUUUUCCAACCAAUUUCAAAGAGAUUACAAAGCCUAAGGCAAAAAUGUACGAAGCGGGUUUUAUAUUUGCGGUAAAGACGAGUGAUACGGUGGAGGGUAUUUUGAAAUGGUAUGUGUUAUGUGCACUGGAAGAUAGUUGUAUGGCACCAAGGGGAGUCCCCGGAAUUUCGCUAGGGUGCCAAUUUGGAAAAGACCGAUUUUCUUCCUUUGCGAAAUGCCACCGCUACGAUCAAUCUAUCGUCAACCUCCUAGCAGCCAAUGCAAAUCAUUACGAUCGCCAUUAUUAUGUUUCUGAAAUCGUUGACUUUUUCAAUGUGGUGCGUGGUCCCGGACUGCCUUAUAAACUUGACCUCAGUUGUGACGUAAAGAAU